AUGGCAUCUAACUCCUUCAACCUCGAAUAUGAUGAUGAACAUCCGAACCUGCCAGACCCGAAUUACUUGCCGUUCCCAGGCCAGGUGGGCAAUUAUGCCUUCGGGGCCAUGCUCCCCCAGGACUCGGACCUCCCACCACAGAAUUUCGACCGCUCCCAACCCGCCAACCUGGAAGGCCGCAUGUCAAACGUGAUGCUCGCCUACGAGGGGGCCGCGGUCUCCAUGCCCAUGACCCUGGAUCCCGCCAACGCCUUCGCCUACGAUGCGCCCGCCUACCCGCCCACCACCAUGGGGAUGCCCCAGUACCAGCCCUCAUACCCGGCCUACCAACAGCCCAUGCCCGGUUAUCCACAGCCCCCUCCCGGUCGGAGGGAGCAACAUGAUACCAGCACCGACUCCACCGCCAACUUUGAGGAUUCCGAUGUCUCAGGCCGGAAUAGCGACCGGUCGCAGGUGCCCGGGCGGGCUCCGCGGCGGCUGGAGAGACCCCAGCUCGGCCCCAAGCCCCCUCACCCGGUGGCCAUCCAGCCCAAAAAGCCUGCUCCCGCGCAAGAGGAUAUCUCGCCCGGGCUGGAGAAGCCUGAAAUUGGUAAGACCGAGCACACCGGUAUCUACUCGAGCAGUGGGUUUGAUGUGCUAGGUGCGCUGGGUCGCGUGGCGAUGAGGCCGAAUCCCAAAAUCAACAUCGGCGCAGUUGAUCUUUCCUGUGCCUUUGUCAUGUGUGAUAUUCAACGCGAAGAUCAACCGAUUAUCUAUGUCUCCGAGGCCUUUGAGCGGCUAACAGGUUACACCAAAGAUGAGAUCGUUGGUCGCAACUGUCGCUUUCUGCAGGGACCAGAUGGCAAGAUCAGUGCCGGCGCAAAGCGUACUUUCGUGGACGGCCAGACGGUCCACCGGCUGCGAUCGACUAUCGAUGAUCGCAACGAGAUUCAAGCCAGCAUCAUUAACUAUCGCAAGGGUGGUCAACCCUUUAUGAAUCUCAUCACCAUGAUCCCCAUCCAGUGGGACGCGGGGGAGUAUCGGUUCUAUGUCGGCUUCCAGGUAGAUUUGGUUGAAAAACCUGACGCCGUGAGCAGGAGGAAUCCUGACGGCACCUACAGCGUGAAUUACCAGCGGGAUCAGUUGCCUCAGUAUGUGGUCCCGCCGGAUGUCUACUCCUCACGGCCAGACCUCAUGGCACGCUAUGGCCAUGACGAAGUAACUGCCAUUCUCAAUGCCGCGAGUGCCUCGGGCAAUGAGGUGAACCGCCACUAUCUGGAUCGCAUCCUCGUUGAUAACACCGACGAUGUGAUCCACGUGCUCUCGUUCAACGGUGAGUUCUUGUACCUUUCGCCUUCCUGCUCCCGGGUUCUGGAAUAUGAGCCGGUCGAGCUCGUGGGCAAGACACUGUCCACCAUCUGUCAUCCCAGUGAUAUUGGUCCUGUGAUACGUGAUCUGCGAGCGAGUACAACCACUGCUCCAGUGAGUGUUGUGUAUCGCAUCAGGCAAAAGUACAAGGGUUACAUGUGGUUCGAGAGUCACGGCGCCUGGCACAUUGACCCCAACCAGGGACGAAAGCAUCUGGUGAUGACGGGCCGCCCACGGCCCGUCUACGCACUUGACCAGAUUGCCCGUCUGGGGUCGUCUGCCGCGCUGGCAGAGAAUGACGUCUGGGCCAAGGUUUCCCUGUCCGGUGUGAUCUUGUUCAUCACUACCAAGGUGAAGCCAGUGCUUGGCCGCACGCCCGAUGAUCUCAUUGGAAAGGGCAUGCAAGAAAUCAUGGAGCCGGAGUCUGGCGGCCCUGCCACGAUCACAAAAGCCCUGGAGGCAGCAUCCCGUGGCCAGGGAGCUGGCUUGGCCACCGUCAGCACGGAUAACGCAUCCAGAGACGAAGCUCCUUCGUUCAAACAUCAGAUGCGACAUAAGAAGGGCCAUGCCCUCUCAGCCCACACAACCAUAUAUACCGGCGACGCUCGCGAAGGUUCCAAACCUACCUUCCUCGUCGCCCAGAUCCGCUUUGCUCGCUCAUUCCCACCUUCCUCCACCGCCAUUUCAGCCGCCGCGGACGACAACCUCGCCACUCUUCCGGGUUCUGCCCGCAACGCGACCCUCACGGUCGACGACCCCCUUCCACCCCGUCAGUACGGCGCUCUCGGUCAGCGCAUCCCCGACUUAUCUUCUCUCAUUGGCCUGAACGGUCUCCCUACCGGCAACCGCAGCAUCUCCCCCAAUGCAGAUCCGGCCACUUUCUUCACAGAGCUCAAUCCCACCCGUGGAUCUAGCUGGCAAAUCGAGCUACGCGAGCUGGAGAAGCAAAAUCGCACGCUAUCUGAUGAACUCCAGCGCUUGCUGGCGCGUCGAAAGAAGCGCAAGCGCAAGCAGACUGCCAUCUCUGUCGAGAAGGCCUGCGCCAUGUGUAAGACCAAAAGUACACCCGAGUGGCGCCGCGGACCCAGUGGAAACCGUGAUCUCUGUAACAGCUGCGGAUUACGCUGGGCCAAGCAAGUCCGCGGUCAAGCGCAGGCGCAGGCGCAAGCGAUCGCUUAA